AUGACAGGUCGCAGAAUCGUUGUUUCCAUAGACUUUGGAACGACCUACUCAGGCGUCGCCUGGGCCGACACGAGCCGGCCUGAUGUUCAGCAUGUCGUGACAGAAUGGCCCGCAGCCGACUCGUUCAAGAGCAGCGCAAAGGUGCCUACCGAACUCCGAAAGGUGGCAGCUGGAUGGCAGUGGGGGUUCCAGAUCCCUGAAACGGCGAAAAGAAGUAAAUACUUCAAGUUGAAGUUGGACGAUCCAUCUGGGCUCACGAAAGAUGGAGAGUCAGCAAAGGACCUCACCAAGGUCUACCUGUCGUGUCUUCAGUCGCAUUUCGUCAGUGUUCUUGGAAAGCGUCUGUCGCCAAGUGUAGUAAGAUCAACGCCUAUGGACUUUGUCGUGACGGUCCCGGCUAUUUGGUCACCCAAGGCAAAGCAGAUGACGGAACAAGCCGCAGCUAUGGCAGGAUUCUGUGGCAACCAACGCAUCAUGCUCAUUUCAGAGCCUGAAGCCGCAGCGCUAUAUACUCUCAAUACUCUUAGCCCUGCAACGUUGCAAGUAGGUCGCAAGUUUGUUGUCUGCGAUGCAGGCGGUGGUACCGUUGACUUGAUAUCCUACCAAGUAACGCGAACAGGCAGUGUUGAAGUGAGAGAAGUCACCGAGGGCACAGGUGGGAAAUGUGGUUCAUCUAUGCUGAACAUGCGUUUUCGUCGACAUUUGAAGCAGACUCAUGGUGAAAAGUACUGGACCGACGAGAGACUUGUUCCAGCCUUAAAUGAGUUUGAGACGUUCAAGAAGACCUUUUCACCAAAAGGUGAACCUCUAACUCUCAAGGUCGAUCCUAGUCUUGGUCUGAAGCGAAAUCGUUACACAAUGUCACAGGACGAUAUGAAGACCAAGAUAUUUGAACCCAUCAUGAAGGAUGUCAUGUGUCUUAUUAAGGAGCAAAUCAGGAUGGCUGGAGAGGGAGUUGCUGCUGUGAUUCUUGUUGGAGGGUUCGGCCAGAGCAAGUAUCUGAAGUCCCGCGUCAAGGAAGCCGUCUCGAAUCGCACGGAAGUCCUUCAACCAGAAGAUGGCUGGACAGCUGUGGUUAAAGGUGCCGCAAUGCAUGGGCUCAGUCGAUACCAGUCCUCGUCGACCCGGGUAGAAGUUGCGUCUCGAAUCGCUAGACGAUCAUAUGGAACAUGCUUGAUGACGAAAUAUGAUAGAAUGAAGCAUAACCCGAAAGAAGCGUGGGGCGAAUCCUAUCCUGAGGGCAGGCCAUCACGGAUAGAGUACCAAUGCGAUCUUCCUGUAACGGUUGGCCAUGAACCUCAAACCGAGGUCGAUAUUUAUAGCAACAACAAUGAUGGCAAGGCUCCGGUACAUCGCGAUUCAACCACCCAACGGAUCGGAACACUCUCAAUCGACCUUAGGAAGAUUCCUGAAGGUGUCAAAAGGGCGUCGAGGGUCAGACGCAUGGGAAUGCAUCAAUAUUAUUGCCUGAAAGGUGCUAUUGAAGCAGUGUACGGAUCAGCAGAAAUCACAUACACAGUUAAACUUGGAGGGAUUACACACGAUAUGAUCAGUGUGCGGUAUGAACGCUAG